GUAGAAGCACAAAGUGUAGCUUCUCAAUACAAACAUUCUCUCACCUUUUAUCCUGUAUAAAACAACGGAGAUUUCAAACCCUAGGCUCAGCAUUGCAUACCAUCCAUCAAUCUCUCUACAAUGGCCAAUCCAAGAGCACUCACUGCCCAACCAAGACAAUCAAAGCUAGUGAGAACCAUUUGCAUGGUCUUGAUAGCCCUAAUUGUCCUCAUAGGCCUUACUGUGCUCAUCAUUUGGCUCUCUCUCAAGCCCAAAAAACCCAGGUACAGCAUCGAAAACGCUUCGAUCAGCAACCUCAACAUAGCCAACAACCACCUUAAUGGCACAUUCAACUUUGUGAUAAGAGCAUUCAAUCCCAACAGCAGAGUCUCAAUCUACUACGACAAAGUGGAAGUGUAUGUGUUCUAUGACAAAGACAAAUUGGCGGCCAGCGCUGGCCAACCUUUUUUUCAGCCUCAUAGGAAUGAGAAUCAUUUGGAUGAAAAACUUGUGGCUCAAAAUGUGACAUUGACUGGGAAGGUGGCGAAAGACUUGGGGCUUGAGAAGGCGGCAGGGAAUGUGGAAUUGGAUGUUCAGAUGAAGGCGAAGGUGAGGUUUAAGUAUGGAUCGUGGAAGACAGGACAUCGGAGAUUGAGGGUUUUCUGUUCACCUGUUUUUGUGCAGUCAUCCAAGAAGAAUUCACAGACGACAGACUGUCACGUUUCACUAUAAGCUGCUGCAGAGAGUGCAGUUGUGUUUGCUUGGAUUUCUUAUGUGGAUUUUAUUCUAUUAAUUUGAUGAUUCUUGUGAUAUUUUCUUUUCUUAAUUUUUUUUUUUUCUUUUUGGAAUUGAAUGUUGUAAUGAUCAUUGUUGUGUUUAGUGUUUCCCUAUACUUUGUAAUAUGUUUGUUUGAUGGGAAAUUGAGUUCCAGAUUGAUAGUC